AUGGCUGCCUUCGAUGUAAAUCAAGGAAGGUCAAGGGCUGGCAAAUCUGAGCCCGACGUGCCUCCCAAUAAAGGGCUACCUGUCCUCCAAUUACGUCUUAUGCAUCAUUGGGUGACGGCCACUGCAGCGACCAUGAACUCAGCUGCCGUGCCAGCUGUUCACGAGAUGUGGAGUCUUGCUGUCCCUGAAAUGGCAUUUGAGUAUGAGCCACUUCUUCAUACAUUACUUGCAUUGGCAGCUGCACACCGCGCCACAUUGUUUCCAGAUGAGGCAAAUUCCCUACGGUCAAUUCAACAUGCCUAUAUUGAUUUCGCCGUCCAGCAACAUCGUCCAAUAACGGCAGAUCUGGAUGGAAAUAUUAGCGAGGCGGUCUGCAUGAAUGCAGUCUUGCUCUCACUGUACACUUUGUUCCUUCGAUCGGAACCUCCCUUGGAUUCCUAUGAGCCUCCAAUAAUGUGGCUGUCCGUGGCACGAGGUAUUCGAACAAUCCUCAGGACCGUCCCUCAUCAGCUUAAUCAAUCAAACUCCAAGCUCAACCCUUUGUUAUCGGCAGAGCCGGUUCUCUUUCACGGGGGAUUGAGUAAAUUCAAAGGACCUACAAAUCCAUUCCAGUUUAUCCUUGAGUAUCGUUGGGACGAAGAAGACAUCGAUGAAAAGACCCAAAGAGCAUAUUCAGAGAGCAUUGAUUAUCUGGAGUGCCUUUAUACAGCCUCAACCCCCGACACAUCUCCUUGGGUUCUCCGCAAAAUAUUCAUAGGAUUUCCACCCAUGGUCCCUCGGAGGUUUGGCGAGCUCGUCGUGAAGAAACGCCAUCGCGCUCUAGUUAUUGUGGCAUAUUUGUUUGCGUUGAUCAAAGGGUAG